AUGUUAUCCAGAACCAUUGCCCGUGCUUCAAGAUCUGUUGCCCAACAAAAAAGAUUCUUAUCUUUACAUGAAUACCGUUCUGCUGCUCUUUUACAACAAUACGGUGUCCCAAUUCCAAAGGGUUACGCUGCCACCACUCCAGAAGGUGCUUUCGAAGCCGCCAAGAAAUUAGGUACUAAUGAAUUAGUUAUCAAGGCUCAAGCUUUAACCGGUGGUCGUGGUAAGGGUCAUUUUGAUUCUGGUUUACAAGGUGGUGUUAAAUUAAUCUCAUCAGCUGAAGAAGCUAAAGAUUUAGCUGGACAAAUGUUAAACCAUAAAAUCAUCACCAAACAAACUGGUGCUGCUGGUAAAGAAGUCACUGCUGUUUAUAUUGUUGAAAGAAGAGAUGCUGCUACUGAAGCUUAUGUUGCUAUCUUAAUGGACCGUGCCAGUCAAACCCCAAUGAUUGUUGCUUCUGCUCAAGGUGGUAUGGAUAUUGAAGGUGUUGCCGCUAAGGACCCAUCUGCUAUCAAGACUUUCCCAGUCCCAUUAGAAACUGGUGUUUCUGACAGUUUAGCUACGGAUAUUGCUAAUGUUUUAGGUUUCACUCAAGAAGCUAUUCCAGAAGCUGCCAAGACUAUUCAAUCCUUAUAUCAAUGUUUUAUUGACCGUGAUUGUACUCAAGUUGAAAUCAACCCAUUAUCUGAAACCCCAGAUCAUAAAGUUUUAGCCAUGGAUGCUAAAUUAGGUUUUGAUGAUAAUGCUUCUUUCCGUCAAGAAGAAGUUUGGUCUUGGAGAGAUGUUACUCAAGAAGAUCCUCAAGAAGUUGAAGCUUCUAAAUAUGGUUUAAAUUUCAUUAAAUUAGAUGGUAACAUUGCCAACAUCGUUAAUGGUGCCGGUUUAGCCAUGGCCACUAUGGAUAUCAUUAAGUUAUAUGGUGGUGAACCAGCUAACUUCUUAGAUUGUGGUGGUACUGCUACCCCAGAAACUAUUGAAAAGGCUUUUGGAUUAAUCUUGGCUGAUAAGAAGGUUAAUGGUAUUUUCGUUAACAUUUUCGGUGGUAUUGUUAGAUGUGAUUAUGUUGCUAAAGGUUUAAUUGCUGCUGCUAAGAACUUCAACUUGGAUAUUCCAGUUGUUGUUAGAUUACAAGGUACCAACAUGGCUGAAGCUAAGGAAUUGAUUGAUAACUCCGGUUUGAAAUUGUUCGCUUUUGAAGAAUUAGAUCCAGCUGCUGAAAAGAUUGUUGAAUUAGCUCCAAAGCGUGCUUAA